AGCUUCCGGUCGGCUUUUCUCUUCCUUCGGCUGCCGGCGCCAGCACGUCCUGUUUUCGUUGGUCGCGCUGGGAUGGCCGCCGCUGCUGUAGCUGCUGCUAGUGUUUAGCGCUGGUUUUUGCCGGGCGUUGAGGGCAGCGCAGCCUCGUUGUUUGUCCGGUUCGCCUGUGCGUGGUACUCAAGGGCACCAGCAUUCCCGCGGUCGGCAGCAUGGGUCGGGAGUCACGCCACUAUCGAAAACGAUCGGCAUCCCGGGGUCGCUCUGGAAGUCGGUCUAGAAGUCGCUCACCCUCAGACAAAAGAAGUAAACGUGGAGAUGACAGACGGUCUAGAAGUAGAGAUAGAGAUAGGAGGAGAGAGAGGUCUCGUAGCAGGGAUAAAAGAAGAUCUCGGUCAAGGGACAGGAAGCGUCUGAGACGUUCCAGAAGUAGAGAGAGAGACAGAAGCCGAGAGCGAAGAAGAUCUCGAAGUAGAGACAGGAGACGCUCAAGGAGUAGAAGCCGGGGCCGGCGAUCCCGAUCCUCCAGUCCUGGAAAUAAAAGCAAGAAAACUGAGAAUAGAUCUAGGUCCAAAGAGAAAACUGAUGGUGGGGAAAGUUCUAAAGAGAAGAAAAAAGACAAAGAUGACAAGGAGGAUGAAAAAGAAAAAGAUGCUGGCAACUUUGACCAGAAUAAGCUGGAAGAAGAAAUGAGAAAGCGAAAAGAAAGAGUAGAAAAAUGGCGAGAAGAGCAACGUAAAAAGGCUAUGGAAAACAUAGGAGAACUGAAAAAGGAAAUCGAAGAGAUGAAACAAGGGAAAAAGUGGAGUUUAGAGGACGAUGAUGAUGAUGAAGAUGAUCCUGCAGAAGCUGAAAAGGAGGGAAAUGAAAUGGAGGGUGAGGAGUUAGAUCCAUUAGAUGCUUACAUGGAAGAAGUGAAAGAGGAAGUAAAAAAAUUUAACAUGAGAAGUGUAAAAGGUGGUGGGGGAAAUGAAAAGAAGUCUGGGCCAACGGUCACAAAAGUUGUCACUGUUGUGACAACCAAAAAAGCAGUUGUGGAUUCUGAUAAGAAGAAAGGUGAGCUGAUGGAGAAUGACCAGGAUGCCAUGGAGUAUUCUUCAGAGGAGGAAGAAGUUGAUCUUCAGACAGCCCUUACAGGGUAUCAAACAAAACAGCGAAAGCUUCUAGAACCAGUUGAUCAUGGAAAAAUUGAAUAUGAGCCAUUUAGGAAAAACUUCUAUGUUGAAGUUCCAGAACUAGCAAAAAUGUCUCAAGAAGAGGUAAAUGUGUUUCGAUUGGAAAUGGAGGGCAUUACAGUUAAAGGAAAAGGUUGCCCCAAACCAAUUAAAUCCUGGGUCCAGUGUGGAAUUUCCAUGAAGAUCUUAAAUUCCCUCAAGAAGCAUGGCUAUGAAAAGCCCACGCCCAUCCAAACCCAAGCUAUUCCUGCUAUAAUGUCUGGACGAGAUUUGAUUGGCAUUGCCAAAACAGGAAGUGGAAAGACCAUUGCUUUUCUGUUGCCCAUGUUUAGACAUAUCAUGGAUCAGAGGUCAUUAGAGGAAGGAGAGGGGCCAAUAGCUGUCAUCAUGACUCCAACUCGAGAACUGGCUUUACAGAUUACUAAAGAGUGUAAGAAGUUUUCCAAGACUUUGGGACUUAGAGUGGUCUGUGUUUACGGAGGAACAGGAAUCAGUGAGCAGAUUGCUGAGCUGAAAAGAGGUGCUGAAAUUAUUGUUUGCACACCUGGUCGAAUGAUUGACAUGUUAGCAGCUAACAGUGGUCGGGUCACAAAUCUUCGAAGAGUGACAUAUGUUGUUUUAGAUGAAGCAGACAGAAUGUUUGACAUGGGUUUUGAACCCCAGGUCAUGCGCAUCGUGGAUAAUGUUCGUCCUGAUCGACAGACGGUUAUGUUUUCAGCUACUUUCCCCAGAGCUAUGGAGGCUUUGGCUCGCAGGAUCCUGAGUAAACCUAUUGAAGUACAAGUUGGAGGCAGGAGUGUGGUUUGCUCAGAUGUGGAGCAACAAGUGAUUGUGAUUGAAGAAGAAAAGAAAUUCUUGAAGUUACUUGAGCUUCUAGGCCAUUAUCAAGAGUCAGGAUCUGUCAUUAUAUUUGUGGAUAAGCAGGAACAUGCUGAUGGUCUUCUUAAGGAUUUAAUGAGAGCAUCUUAUCCUUGCAUGUCUCUUCAUGGAGGCAUUGAUCAAUAUGACAGAGAUAGCAUCAUAAAUGACUUUAAGAAUGGGACCUGCAAACUUCUUGUGGCUACCUCUGUUGCUGCCCGAGGUCUAGAUGUGAAACAUCUGAUUCUUGUAGUAAAUUAUAGCUGCCCCAACCAUUAUGAGGAUUAUGUACACAGAGCAGGGCGGACUGGAAGAGCAGGAAACAAGGGUUAUGCGUAUACUUUUAUCACAGAGGAUCAAGCUCGCUAUGCUGGUGACAUAAUUAAAGCUCUUGAAUUGUCAGGGACUGCAGUACCUCCUGAUUUAGAGAAACUGUGGAGUGAUUUCAAAGAUCAACAGAAAGCUGAGGGGAAAAUAAUUAAAAAGAGUAGUGGGUUCUCUGGUAAGGGAUUCAAGUUUGAUGAAACAGAACAAGCUUUGGCUAAUGAGAGGAAGAAGUUACAAAAAGCAGCUCUUGGUCUGCAAGAUUCAGAUGAUGAGGAUGCUGCAGUUGAUAUUGAUGAGCAAAUUGAAAGCAUGUUUAAUUCAAAGAAGAGAGUAAAGGAUAUGGCUGCUCCUGGAACAUCAAGUGUUCCUGCUCCAACUGCAGGAAAUGCUGAGAAAUUAGAAAUUGCUAAGAGAUUGGCUCUUAGAAUCAAUGCCCAGAAGAAUUUGGGCAUCGAGUCUCAGGUAGAUGUGAUGCAGCAGGCCACCAAUGCAAUUCUUAGAGGUGGCACCAUUCUGGCUCCCACUGUUUCUGCAAAAACCAUUGCAGAACAACUUGCUGAAAAGAUCAAUGCCAAGCUCAAUUAUGUGCCUUUAGAGAAACAAGAAGAAGAGAGACAGGAUGGUGGACAGAAUGAAUCUUUUAAGAGAUAUGAAGAAGAAUUAGAGAUCAAUGACUUCCCACAGACUGCUAGGUGGAAAGUUACCUCUAAGGAAGCUCUGCAGAGAAUCAGUGAAUACUCUGAAGCCGCAAUUACAAUCAGAGGAACCUACUUCCCUCCUGGCAAAGAACCCAAGGAAGGCGAGCGGAAGAUUUACUUGGCAAUUGAAAGUGCCAAUGAACUGGCUGUGCAGAAAGCAAAGGCAGAAAUCACCAGGCUCAUAAAAGAAGAGCUGAUCCGGCUGCAAAAUUCAUACCAACCAACAAAUAAAGGAAGAUACAAAGUCUUAUAGACAUCCGGAAAAAAGAUUUUUACCUGUGCUGGUCUAUGAUAUAUGUGACAGUUGCUGUCUGCAGUUUACAAUGUAUUGUAAAUUAAGAUUUUUAAAAUUGUAUCUUGCUGAUUUUUUUUAAAUAUAAGAAACUGGUACUUGGUAAAGAAAUCUGUCCGUAAGUACCCCCACAAUCAGUCAAACUAUAUUUAAAGCCAGCCUGUUUUCAGAGUAUGAUGUCCUUUAAUGUAAACUUAAAUAUCAAUAUUUUAAAUGUCCGGAUAAUAUUCUAGAGGUUUAAAAACUGGAAAUAUUUGAACUUUCUAUUGAAGACAAUAAAGUACACAAGUCGUUAAGGGGCUAUUCACUUUAUCCUGUACUUUCAAUGAAAUUGUGAUCAUUUCCUAAGAAAAGGUAAAAUUCACUAUCAUAUUUUGUGUCCCCACCUUGAGCUUAAAUGUUACAUGACUCUGGAACAAUAUGAACUGGAUUUAAGAAUGUUAUAAUAGAAGUCUUACAAAAUGG